AUGUCCAAGGCAGUGACAUCACAACUGGUAAAAAUAGUGGUACCGGCUGGCAAAGCUACACCUACACCGCCCGUGGGUCCUGCGUUAGGUGCCAGAGGAGUCAAAGCCAUGGAUUUCUGUAAAGAAUUUAACGCACGGACAGCAACGUUUACACCUUUAUUACCCAUACCAACGUUAAUAACGAUUAAUCCCGAUCGAACAUUCUCUUUCCAAACUCGUACACCACCCGUAUCAUGGUUGAUCAAGAAAACUUUAGGAUUGAAUAAAGGUUCAGGAGAAGCAAUGACUAAAUCUACUGGAACGAAAUUAUCACUGAAGCACGUUUACGAAAUUGCCAAAGUGAAAUGUCAAGAUGAAGAUUUGAAAGGAUUGGGUGAAGAAAGGAUAGCUAGAGGCGUAUUGGGUACUGCAAGGAGUUUAGGUGUGGAAGUUGUACCAUAG